AUGGAUCCCUCUGGAGGGGUCGAGACUCGUCUGCCACCUGUGUGGCCUGUGAAACAGCCGGAUGAGUCCUACGAACAAGACGGUGGCAGCGCUCUCUCAUCUUCCGCGGCCAUUGCGGCUGACCCAGCCUUAUCGGCGAUCUCGCCCCAUCUCCCCCCAGAACCGCUGCAUCCAAAUGCUUCACCUAUUACCAACGCAGAGAACCCAGAGUUGUGUAUUCAAAGUUUCAGUGAUUCAGAGAAUUUUGUCAAAUCUACUUCUCCUACACCAAUUCCGCCUACCAAUGGCCAGUCUCACACGCAAGUGGGCCACCCGAACGGAAAUUCCGGGGAUGUCGAUUCAUACCUUCCUGUCGGAGUACUAUGGAAGAAUUUGGAUUCUGAAGUAUCGUUUCCAGAGGUGGAUGUUACCCUGUUGGAGAACCAUCGCUGGGUCCGAACACAGGCCACAGAUGGGAGUAAUCAUGUCCAGGUCUACGUUGACUACAAAAUGACCAGCCGGGGCAAUACCCAACGAUCAAUCACAAAGCUAAGGAAUGCCUUGAAAACCGUGAUGGCCAAGAUCGACAGGUCUCCCCAAGCAUGGUACGGUUAUCGUUUGGAAAACGGACCCGAGAGGGGCAAGCCGGACGGUGCCGAGGACGAGAGUCUUUGGUACAUCUUCAAUACCCUGCGGGACCCCUGCCCACAAGUGGAGAACAUGAAUGACCACUGGGCACGAAGAGCCAUGGAACAAUUGUUGUCGGAAGACCAUUAUACUGAUUUGGGUCUCAAGACCAAAUUGUACCCUUAUCAGCGCCGCUCAGCGGCUACGAUGGUGCAACGCGAGGCACAGCCCGCUCGAAUGUUAGAUCCACGGUUACAAGCAUACCAAAGUCUGAGUGGACGAGAGUACUAUUAUGACAAAGAGGACGCGUACAUUACGCUUGAGAAGGUGCUAUAUUCGGAGGCUUGUGGGGGUAUUCUUGCAGAGACCAUGGGUUGUGGUAAAACUUUGAUCUGUCUUGCGGUCAUAUGUGCCACACGCGGUCACGCCCCAAAGAUCCCAAUUGAGUACAUGUCCACGCCAGAUAAGCCAGAUCUAAUUCCAAUAAGAGAGAAAACCGGCUCUCUGCUGGAUAUGGCGGCCGCUGCCGCAGAGCGACACUCUGAACCCUGGAGAACCUUCUUUCGCGAGUUACACCGAGAAGGCCGCCACUAUGAGCGGUGCAUGAAGGCAUGCGAGGCCCACCGAGGGUCCUAUGAGAUCCCUGCACAUCAGACCAGAUACCAAGGUCGACAUAGCCAAUCAUACGCCAGACCUCCGCCCAAACGUGUUCGAAUCUGCUCUGGAACCAUAAUAAUUGUGCCAAACAACUUGUUGGACCAUUGGCAGCGGGAGAUACAGACACAUACUGAAGGGUUAGAGGUUCUGGUCAUGGGUCAAGGAUCCGGUCAGACUCCGGCGGCUGAUGAUCUGCUGCGCUACGAUAUCAUCCUAUUUGCCAAAACACGGUUUGAGCGUGAAGCUGGCGAGCCAAUUCAUAAUCGGCGGGAUAAGCUUUUGCAGGUCGACUCGCCUCUGACACAACUUCACUGGCUGCGAGUCAUCGUCGACGAAGGUCACAAUGUGGCAGGCCAUGGCUCAAGAACCAAUAUGAUUCACCUGCUCAGCCAACUCCAUUUUGAGCGUCGAUGGGUCAUCUCGGGAACGCCAUCAACCGGGCUUUACGGGGUGGAGGUUAGUCUUGCUUCGCAGGAAGCAAAUACAAGUGACACCGAGUCUCCCGCGGAGAUCACUGCUGCUGCCUUGCGGAGUCGAAAGAAGACGGGCAAUGCUGUGGAUAACGAGUUGAAGGAUUUGGACAAGCUCCGGCGCAUCGUGAUCGAUUUCUUGGACUUGAAGCCUUGGUCUAAUUCUCGUGCUGAUGAUCCUGCUGACUGGACCAAGUACAUCAAGCCCAUCGGGGAAGAUGGCAAACGUCGUAAGACUCCGGCUAUUCGAGCCACUCUCCAGGGUUUGGUGGUGCGACACCAAUUGGAUGUUGUGAGCAGGGAAAUUUACAUUCCGAAGCUCUACAAUAGUGUCCGCCAUCUCGAACCAACAUUCCACGACCGAUUGUCCAUCAACCUGUUCCUCUUUGGUCUGGCCGUCAACUCGAUCACUUCGGAACGUCAAGGACCCGAUUACAUUUUCGAUCCGAGCAACCGCAAGCAUUUGAACCAAACAAUCAAUAACUUGCGUCAGGCUGGGUUUUGGUGGGCAGGCUCCGACGUAAAUCCACAAGAUUCCAUUGAACAUGCUGAGAAGUACAUGGAGAAGAAUCUUGAGAAGAUGACGGUUGACGACAUUGAUCAAUUGACCCGCGGAAUGGAUAUUGCACGUACAGCAUUGAACUCUAGCAGCUGGCGGGAGUUCAAACAUCUCCACGAACUUGGUAUUUACCUCAGGGGCUUUCCUGAUGACCACCGUUCUCACUGGGCACUCGAUCAAAGCAGCCCAGAAAAGGAGCCCAUGCUCAUCGGCAUUACACAAGCUCGUCGCGCCCAGCAGUACGUCACGCAGCAUCUGAAGUCCAUUGAUCCAACGCAAGGUCUCGCCGGUGCAGGUAUCAAAACCCGCCAUGAACUUGAGCGUCGUGACCGUAAUCCUGCAAAGGGUGCUCCCGAAUCAGCGAACAAUGCUACGGCAACCACUCCUACUCCGGGCUCGCUAUACCACUCUCCGAAGCCACAAACAAACAAGUCGCCGAAGAAGACUUUCACCCGCAACCUCUUCCGCGAGCUCCCAGCCACGUCUCCUCUUCAGAAAACACGAUUCAUCGCUACUGCUUCGGCCAAACUCACCUAUCUCCUCAACAAAGUUCUCGAGUUUCAAUCUGAGGAAAAGAUCAUCAUCUUUUACGAUAACAACAACUCUGCCUUUUGGAUCGCCGAAGGGCUCGAACUUCUCGGUGUGGAAUUCCGAAUUUACGCCAGCACUCUGAAGCCCGAGUUGCGGACAGAGUACCUCAAGCUCUUCCGCGAGUCUGAAGACGUGCGUGUAUUGCUCAUGGAUCUCCGCCAGGCUUCGCACGGACUGCAUAUUGCACAAGCGUCGCGUAUUUUCAUCGUGAAUCCGAUCUGGCAACCAAAUGUGGAGAGCCAAGCGAUCAAGCGUGCACAUCGUAUCGGACAGACCAGACCUGUGUAUGUAGAGACACUAGUCUUGCGGGACACGCUCGAGGAUCGCAUGUUAGAACGACGAAAACAAAUGUCCGAAGCUGAAAUCCAGCAUGCGGAGAAGAAUCUGUUGGAUGAUGGAACUAUGAGUGGAAUUGUGCAACGGGAACCGUUCUUGCCCAUGGGUUUGGAAGAAGAUACCGCAGCCGAGCCUUUAGAGAACCCGAUUGGAUUCUUUGAUCGGCAUCGACUGCCGAUACCGGAUGAUGAGCGAUCUGUUAUGGAUAGUCCGACGAAGGACAAGGGCAAGGACAAGCGUGUCCCUCGUCCAAGAGAGUCUGAUGCGGAUGAUACGCCUGUGGAAGGAAAUUCAAUGCCGGUACGCAAGAAGGCGCGUGUGGGCUUUGCAUCGCAGGGUGAGAUUUCAAAUGGAAAUGCCGGUCCGAGUCAGGAGGGAAAAAGGCGUGUCCUUUUCACCGACCAGAAUACCACAUCCAAUGGCGUUGGGACUCCUGCGCCCCGGAAUCCACAUAUCACCUUUGCUCCAGACAUGGACAUCUCCAAUGACAAUGAUGAUGACGAUGAGCCUCUCGCGUCAAGGACUCCUCCGAGAUACUCAACCCCACAGCCGACCUAUAAUGCCGAGGAUUUGAGUCAACGGAAGGUAUCCUUGUUUGAUUCAUGA